AUGAAGACCGUAUCCCCUCUCACUGAGGGCGGCAAUCAUGAAGAUUACGGCUUGUUUGGUUGCGUAGUCAAAGUGGGCAGAGCGUAUGCAAUGGAUAGCAAUGACCUGUUAACCAAUUUAGAACCCAUGGGAAUCUGCUAUUUGAUGAUAAGCUUCGCUCUUCUUGUGGUGGUAACUGCAAAUGAAACUCCACAACAAGUGGUGACUAGAUACAACAAUUACAAGGCGAUAUGCAAUGGAAUGGGUUAUGAAAAUGUGCGCUGCAAAGAUCCGAUUGAUUUCCAAUCUUCACUUACCAAGCCGUUGGAAAACCUGAAGAACUAUGAGAUUGUGAUCUUUGAUAAGGUAUCAUUAAACGAAGGAAACGCUUACGACCAUGUCACCGGAAUAUUUACAGCACCGUUGGACGGAAUCUAUUCCUUUACAUGGACAACAUUAACAAAAGCUGGAAAAUAUUUCGUCACUGAAAUCAUGCUGAAUGGCAAAACAGUUGCAUUUAAUAAUACCGAUGGAAGGGGUCACAGUGGAAAUCCUAUGUCAACUUCACAUGCUAACAUCAAAAUGAAGAAAGGCGAUAAGGUCUGGAUCAGGACCCAUGGCAGCGGUGGGCAGUUUGCCCAUGCAAAUUGGUGUUUCUUUUCUGGUUCAAAAUUGUAG